GUUCCUUCAGGUGGAGAACACCGAUCGUUCUCCGCGUUCGUCCGCUGCUGGGAGCAGCUUCCUCCUGAACUGCACGAGUACAUUCAGGGCUGCCUGGAUAUUUCUAACGAUAAGGCUGGGGCAUCAGCGCUCUCCUUAGUCUCUGAAGCCUGGUGCCGACAAUUUCGCCCUCAUCUCUUCGCCGUCCUCAAGCUGAACAGCGAGCAAGAGUGUCGCACGCUCUAUGGCAUAGUACAGUCUCUGUUGUCAGCAUGGCUUGCAGCGCACAUCACUACAUUGAUAUGUGAUGUCAGUAGCCUCCCUGAGUUUCCACUCUGGAUGGUACUCGUUCGCCUCUUGCCAGCGUGCCGCACCGUCUGGCACCGCACUCUCAAUCCCUCCGGACCCGUGUCGCAUAGUGCAGCUCUGAAGAGCUCACUGCGGAACACCACCUCCCUGAUACUGUCCGGCUGCCAUUUCCUAUCGUUCCGGAUUCUGCUCCGCAUACUGGCAGACGUUACCUGCUCAGAGGCUGUCAGUCUGAACAAUGUCACAUGGUCGGGCAGUCCCCCCACGACAGUUGAUGCCGCAAGCAGUAUCUGCUCUGGUACAUUCAGCCACGUCCGCAAGGUUGGACUGUCGAACUGCACAAACAACGCGGCAGUGCCCGCCUGGCUUCUGGCUGCCGCGAGUACGCGACACUCCUUCACUCUACGUCGAAUUACGGGGCCCGCAGUCCCUGCAGAAACGUGGGCUAUCAUUGAGCUCAUUCAGGCGUUCUUGCCAAAAAAUAUUACGAUCGAGUAUUCACAGUUCAGUGUCGAAGAAGCUACUUCGGGCGAG